GUUGCCUUGUGCCGCCCUGGCGCUUUGCUAGGCUUUGCUUUCCACUGUGAGACCUGCAGUUACCUUGUACCAUCCUUCCCUCCCUGAGCUGCCCUGCACACGGUCUCUGCUAUGGGGAUUGAGUCCCUGCUUUGACAAACACAGUGCUUUACGGAUUAGAAGUUCACCCUCCUCCCUUCUCUCUUCUCUCCUUCGUAGGGGCUUCAGAUAUCUACCAUUUUGACUGACCACAUUAAUAAGAUGCUGAUGCUCUUGGCUGUUCCUUCAUUCUUCAUGAAACUUUGAUAAAGCAGCUAUGCCCGUUCAAUUGCUGAAGAUCAUUAAAGGAAAAUCUGAGACUCCACUACCAAGCCAUUUGCAGAAGGAGGAUUUGAAACAUUUGCAAGAAGGCUUUGAUCAUACCAACAAAUACUUUCAGGGAAUAGUUAUUCUUUCCUACCCAUUAACGAAACUCGGAGAUGGGACAGACUUUUUCAAGGUUGUUCUUCAAGAUUUGGAUAACUCAUGUUCACGGAUCAACAGCAUCAAUAUUUUAAUAUAUGGAAAAAUGGCAGAGGAUUGUGCAAAAGUUAUACGCCAUGGGGACACCUUCGUAGUUGCAGGAUUUAAGUUGGCAAAAUCGCCUACAGCAAGAGAGGAUGGUAGACACGGUUGCCACCUUGAGGUGUCUGAAGAAGCUGGAUCAGCCAUUUAUAUUUAUACUAAACCAAGAACAACUGCUGCUUCAGAAACUGCAUCUUUGUCUGUUGCACCAAAAUAUGUGUAUACUCCUCUGAAUCAUCUUAAAGAUGGAACUAUAGUGAAUUUGUAUGGCGUUGUGAAAUUCUUCAAGCCUCCAUAUGUAAGCAAAGGAACUGAUUAUUGCUCAGUUGUGACACUUGUGGACCCAUCAAAUGUGAAGUUAACGUGCACUCUUUUUAAUGGAAAUCUAGAUUCCCUACCAAGAAUUUACAAAGUUGGAGAUAUUGUUCGAUUUCAUAGAAUAAAGAUCAGGGAAUACAAUGGACAGAUGCAGGGAAUUACCAGUGUGGGAUUUGCGUCCCUGACAUUUGAUGGAACUGUAGGAGCACCAGUAGUUCCUCGAACCUCUAGCAAAGUGUACACUUUCAUGGAUGAAGAACAGAAAACAAUCGAAGAAUUACGUGUUUGGGCAGCCAGUAAUCUUUCCAUCUCUGGACCAGCAGCAAAAUUGUCAGGUGUUCAGCCAAUGCUGUUCUUUGAUCUCACUUGCCAGCUGGUAGGAAAAGCGAAAGUGGAUGGAUCUUCUUUUCUUCUAAAGGUAUGGGAUGGCACAAAAUGUCCCUACCCAACAUGGAAGGUGCCAGUGGAAGCAAGAGACCUGGAAGGAGAAAAAGUUCUUCUUCAUCAGCUGCGAAAUCUAACGGUGGACAUUCUGGUCUAUGAUAACCAUGUACAACUAGCAAAAUCACUUAAGAUUGGAAGUUUUCUGAGAAUUUACAGUAUUCAUACGAAACAAGCAAGUGCUGUCAAUGAAGAUGUCUCACAUAUAGAAUUUCAUCUUCAUGGUGGCACCUGUUACGGUCGAGGAAUAGGAGUCUUACCAGAAAGUAACCCAGAUGUUAAGGAACUAAAAGCAUUCUUAGAAUCUGUGGAUCUGGCAGACAGUCAGAAUAUGGCAAGCAUGUCUUCAGUGGAGUUAGACGGCACUUUUAACAAUGUUACAGAUCUUGAAUCACACUUACAGAGAUGUCAGCAGUUACCUGUUACAGUAUUAACAGAUCAUCAGGAUUUGAAUAACACAGAACUGAAAACCAUUGUGAACAGCCCGGCUCCUCGGCAGUAUCGCAUUAGAGCAAAGCUGAGAACUUACAAACCCCAGAAGCUCUAUCAGUCUAUUAAACUUCAUUGUUCCAAAUGCAACUCUUUGCAAGAAGUUCCAGAUGGAGGUGACUUUGACUUUAUUUUACAAGGCUCUGCUGUUACUGCCCCAAACCCAGAAUUACACAAUACAUCCUGGUAUGAUUCUGUAACAUGGACUACACAAGACCAGAAACAAAGGAAAAUAGCUAUCCAUUUUGUAAAGCAUGAUGAAAUGCUUCAACAGCCUGAAGAUACUUUACUUAUGAUAGAAGGUGGAACAGUAAAAGAAGUCUGGAAGCUUACAAAAAGAUUUAAAUGUGUUAUUCCUGUGAGAUCCACAGAAGAUAAUCUUGAAUUAUUAGAUCUUUCAGCUCCUUUUCUUUUACAAGGGAACAUAAAAUAUUAUGGGUGCAAGCAGUGUUCAACUCCAAAGCCUAUCAAGAGUCUAAGUUCCAUUGCAGCAGAACAACGACCAUCAUGGGAACCAACUGAAAUAGCACAAGUUUUAGGUAUUGAGCCACUCCAGUAUGUUUUUAUUAUGAAGUUUACACUGGUUGAUGGAACAGGAGCACUAAAUGCAUACCUUUUUGAUUAUGAAAAGUUUUUCCAAAUUCCUGCCUCUGAAAUCUUAACUAAUAAUUUUCUUCAGCAAAAGAUGCAGAUGACCAUGAAUACGCUCUGUCCUCCAGGAAGAAAAUUAGAUGACUUGCCAUGGCUGGAAUGCUUCAUCAAGUCCUAUAAUGUCAGAGAUGCAAUGAAACGUCAAGUUUAUUACCAAAUUUUUGACACUACAGUUGCUGAAGAUGUUGUAUAGUGAUAUGUUGCUGAUAGGAAAUAAUCCAGUAAGAAUCCAGUUUUGGGGGAUUUUGGGAUCAGAGACUGUAUUGAAAAAAACUUUGUUCCUUUCUUAGGACUUCAACCUGUAUGUAUGAAGUUUUAGUUUGCAUAUCAAUGUGAAUGGGAAUUAUGCUUUGAUGUAUUUACUGCUUUCCUGGCAUACAGCCUUAUGAUCUGAGUGCAAGUGGAGGUGCUAAGCUUUUCACUGGAGGCUGCUUGGCUCGGGCUGAUGGAAGCAAUCUAGUAUCCAUCUGUCCCUCAAAAAGGCAGUGAUCAGGUGACUCUAAACUGGUGAGUUUUACUCAGAAAAUGUAGUCAGAAUGAUGCUGCUUUGUUCAUUUCUGUAUUAAAAUAAACGAUCUCAGCAGAGAUAGGGAAAAGCAGCUCUUCAGUAAAUUUUCUCUCAGACUACUUUGUGCAAGCAUGUGUCUGUUCUCAGCCAGUUCGACAGGGAGGUUGUCCGUUUUUAGAGAUUUCUUUGAUUUUGCACUGAUAUGUACAUUUAGGCAGAACUCCUCCUAUUAAUCAUACUAAGGUAACUGCUAUGUGUACCAGUUACUAUAGAUUUUGAUGGAGUUAUGAAUGUGACCGUGUAAUGAUCAUCACUAAAGUUAAAGUCAAGCUAUGGAAGUAAGGUAGUGUAAAAUUGUAAAAUGAAUAUUGACAUUCGCUAGAUUGUAAUGCUUUUUAAGGUGGCCCUAUUGGGUACCAAAGUUGUUAGCAUGCUUAUUAGCUGGGUCUGUGUUUUCAAAGGCUCUCACAUAUCUGUCUAAAUUUACUGUCAGAUCACACUGCCCAGAUCUGCCUUUUCUGUCUUACAUAAUCAGAUUGUAUGACUAAAUUUAAGAGAUACGGAACUGAUCUAGUGAUAUCAUGGCUUGAAAAUACUGCUGGACUAGAAAAAUUACUCGGUGGUUUUACUUUGCAUUCAGAAGUCCAUAGGACAAAUUCAGGACAUGUUUCUCCAAGGAUAAUUAAUGUAGAAAUCCCUGUCAAAUCAAAUGCUUUCCAUCAGAGCAAAAUUACUUAAUAUUUGCAACAGCUGUUUUUUAAGGAAUUUCAGAAGCAAGAUGGAAUACUUGUAAGUAGAUUAUUAUUUUGAUAGUAGAUGACAUUUUAUUUUUUCAUUUUUCAGGGCUGUUUGGUAGAUUAUGCAAUUUGUCAUUUAAAAUUUCAUCUAAAUAUCUUCUGAUAAUUUUCUGAUACUCUAAAAAAUUAUACUAGGUUUAUAUGUCAUAAACCAGGAGAUUGUUCUUUAUUGGUUGGCGUAUGGGGAGAACCAAUAUUAAAAGUGGUUAGUGGAUAUUUCCUUUAAAAAGUAUGAAAAAACCCAACUUUGGAAUUGAAAAAACAGUUUACCAAAGAGCAGUACUGGCUUAUGAAAGCUUGCUUGAAUCUGUGAAUAAAUGCAUAAACAAAAAAUAGUUAUAACAAGUUAUUAAAUGAAUAUUAUAAAACUUUAGACACUGGCCGUAUCCAAUGAUUUCAGAAGUUAGGGGUUAAAUUCAAGGCAAUCUUUUUUGCUUUUCUUGCAUACAGUGUAUGAAAACACUGGAAGGAAAUGUUUCUAUUUUUAGAUUUUUGUUAACAACUCUGAUAGCUAUUGAUAUUGUACAUUUUUUCUAAGUAAUUCUUUGUAAAGUAAUAAAUAAGAAUAUGUUUUGAACUUCGGUGUAAAUUAAAUCAAUUUCACCACAUCCCUUGUCUGAGAUCCCUGCCGGAAAACUCUGCACAUGCAUCACUUGAUUGUUUUACUAUUGAAUAUUGUAUUAAAAUGUUU